AUGAUAUCGCCGGAGCUUUUUAACCCUCAACAUUCUUUUGUAUUGCGAUCAAUUCUCUUCAUUCUUUCCACAAUCUUAUGCGUCGUAGGAGCGCAUAGAUAUCUCUUGCGAUACGUGACGUCACGUCGUGAGCCGCGAGAAAGCCUUGACAGAAUCACCAUCUUUGCCGACUACGAAGAAGUGCAUCUGGAUAUAGUAGCUGUACAUGGCCUGGGCGCGCAUCCCUAUUACAGCUGGAAAUCUAACGGGCCUCCCUCUGACUCUGCCGGGGCGCCAGAAGGAGAUGAAGCGGGAAUUAAUCGGCUUGAGCACGAUGACUUCCUGAAGAAAGAUUUCAAGAAUGUCAGGAUCCUCUCCUAUAGUUACAAUGCCGAUUGGUUCGUGGACGCCUCGCUGUCAACAGCGUCGCAGAAGGCUCUUACAUUUCUAGAGACAUUCUCAGAGUUCAGGGAGAAGACAAAGAAAACGCCCCCUAUUCUCUUCAUCGGCCACAGCUUCGGCGGGAUCCUAGUCAAAUACGCUAUCCACUCAGCACAUUCAGACUCGCGCUUCGGAGACAUUAGUCGCGAUACUGUAGGGAUUAUCUUCUUAGGGACGCCUCAUCAAGGCUCUACUAUUUCUUGGAUCGGUGAGAUUCUUGCUCGACUAACCAUUCUCUCUGGGUCCGAUGCUACAUUGUUGAAGCUCUUGAGCCACGGUAGCCCAGCACUCCUGGACUUAAAGAGGGAUUUUUCUACUGCUGUAACAUCUAUCAUUAACCGGAAACCACUACUGGUGUAUUCGUUCUAUGAAACGCUACCCACAUUUCGCUACGGCGUAUCACUUGGUGUAAUUGUAGGGCCUCAAUCAGCUACUCUUGAUAUUGGGAAGCAUAUACCAAUAAAUACCGAUCACUCCGGCCUAAAUAAAUGCAAGACGAGGAAGGACGAUCUUUAUGUGAAAAUUUGCUCGGCUAUACAAAAUGUUAAAUCAAUCCUACAGCAACAGUCAGAGCCAAUUGCUAGAUGGAUAAUGGGAUCUGAUGACCCCACGCAUAUUUUCAAACACCGAGUAGAUCACGAACGAGCGAGAGAUAAACUCCGCGCCUAUGAUAAUAUAGGAAAGUGGCUCAUUGAAUCGACCGAAUUUACGGCCUGGAGCGAUGUCCAAGAAUGUACUCGGUCAACAUUCUGGCUGCGCGGUGGAGGUGAAUUACUAGACAGCCAGAUAUUUAGUAUACCUAUAUGCUAA